AUGAAAGGUAUGCAGAAUUAAUCAGGAAAAUCUACAGAAACAGGGUUUACAGAGAACAAAGUAAAGUUCUAACAUAAAUCAUUUUAAGAUGCACAUUUAAAAAUUUUAUCUAAUCUUGAAUCUUCUAUUAUAGGAAAAUCAAUCAUAGUUGAAGCAUAAAGAAUAAUUAAAGUUUUGGAUCAAUUAAUUUAAGACAUAGAAUAUUGUCUAUAUUUAGAUACUGAUUUUAUUACUCGGUUUUAAAUAAGUAAAUUUUAAAAAGAUGAAAAACUUUAACUCACUGAAGAUACUAUUAAAAUAUUAUAAAAAUAAGCAGAUCUUGAAUAAAAAUUUAAGCUUUAUGCAAAUUUAAAUACAGCAAUUAGUUAAGGAGAAGAAAUUGAAGAAUCAAAAAGAGUUGAAUCAGAAAGGUUAGAACAUUUACUUUAAGAAAACUUCAAGAAUUUACUUAGAAGGAUGUAGCAUAACCCAAAAGAAUUUGAAAUAUUAAAAAGUAUGAAAAAAAAUCUAAAUAUCGAACUAAGUGACUAUUUGCAUGGGGUCAAAUGCUUAAGGAUCCUAAUUCUUAAAUAAUUGAGUAUUACAUAAGCAGAAAAGAACAUUUAAAUUUAAUAGUUUUAAAACAUUUAAUCAAAGGUAUAUUUCACAUUUAAAUUAAGAUAGAGGAAUAAGAAAAGACAAAACUAUAUUUAGAAUAAGAUUUAUUUAAAUUAAAGUAAUAAAACUCUGUAAAUAUUGAAGAGAUGAAGUAAUAGAUAGAGAAAUUAAAAUAAGAGCUACAAAUUUUGAAAAUUCAAAAAUAGUAAAAUGCUGAUUCCAUGAAGAAUUAAAUAAAAUCUCAAUACGAGAAACUUGAUAAGAAUUAACAAACAAAAAUAGAUUAAUUAUAAACAGAACUAUAGGUUUUGAGAUCAAGAUUCAUUAAAUUAAGAGAUGAAAAUACUUAAGAGGAAAUUAAACUAAAGAGACUUAAGUAAAUACAAGAUUAAGGUUAAAUUGAUGGAGUAUAAAAUUAUGAUUUGAUGAUGGAAGAAUCAACAACAAAAUUAAAUUAAUUAUAACAAGAUCGCUCGAAAAUAGAAUAAUAAUUAAGAGAUAGAAAAUCAUAUUUUUUAAUAGUAGAUGCUCAAAAAAGAUAGGAGAAAGAUUUAGAAGAAAAGUUUAAUAGAAUCAAAGAUGCUCAUUAUAUUGAAAAAGAGAAAAAAACAGAGGCAGCAAAACACAUUUAGGGUUUUUUUAAAUAAUAUUAAAGUAUCAUUUCAUUUUUAUUUUAGCUUUAACUAAAAAGCCAAAUAAACCAAGGCAGCAAUGA